AUGCAGAUUUGCCGUGUAUGUGGCGCUCAUCGUAAAGAGGGCGAGUUUUACCGUAGCAGGUGUAAGGAAACGCUGUUGAUAAUGCUGUGUGCCAUGCUAGAAAAGGAAGAAAUAGAAAUGUCGGAUGCGCAAGAUUUAUACAACGAGAGCGUCCGUUUAGGCAAACGCAUCUGUAGAAGUCAUUUCAAAGAAGCGGUUCCUUAUAUUAGCAAUGUGGUUGACAUGGCAUGUAAAACUGUUGUGAAAGAUCUAUCCACUUUGUCGAGUGAUGCUAUAAAAGAAGUUGUUGCUCAUAUCGAAUCGUGUUGUCAAGCCAUAGAUCCAAGUUUCACGUUGACAGCCACCCAUCUGAUUUCCUAUUAUCGAUGCUUUGGUGGGGGUGGAGUGUCUCCACCCCUCGCAUCUCGAAAAAGAAAGGAACCAGCUCAUUCCCCUACUUCACAAGGCAGCCGGCAGAAGACUGUCCAGGAUGCUCUAAUGCAGCUCAUGGUGCCAUCUCAUUCAACAUCUAGUCUUCAAGAUAUUCUAAAAUUUGACGGAACGGACCCCAAACUACUCGAUCAAGAAUUUCGUAUAAAAGGAAGUCAACUGCUGAAACUAUUUCGCUUCUGCCCAUCUUGUGGGUCUAAAAUAUCUGACUCGACAGGAUGUGUGAGUCUGAGAGCUGCUGGAAUGACCCCUAUUGUGCAUUACAUCUGCACAGCAUGUUCCCCGUUCGAGAAAUGUUUCCAAGGGCAGGAAGAAGCUCAUUCAAGUGAGAUGUCCCUAGGAAGCAAUUUGGAGGCUGUUAUGACUGCAAUAGAAACCGAACUCUCAUCUGCGAAUUCGCAACGGUUGGAUGAAAAAGUUACCGCCGACAGAGCGUUGCACGACUCUAGUAUUGGUGAAGUGAUCGAUUCUAGUCAGGAAAAAAGGUGCAAAAAGGAAACAAACUCCGAUUCGUCGUUGCUGCAAUCAACUUCCGACAACAAAGAUGGUCUGGAUUGCAGUGAUGUAAACGAUAACGCUGUUUGCAACCCUUCCCAAAACGUGACACUAUAG